AUGAAUACUAUUUUUAAUUAUAGAGUAAGAAGUCAUAGUGGUUUUGUUAACAAUGAUUCAAAAGUAAUUAAAUACAAUUCUAAAAUUAAAAGAGAUGAAAUUAAUAAAUCAAUUUCAUUUAAAGUUUGUAAUAUUGAGCAAAAUAAAUGGGAAAUUAAUGGUAAAUUUAAAGUUAAUGAUUUUUUAAAUGCUGAAUCUUUUAAAACAAUGGAUCCAUCAUUAAAAAAUGGAAUUGAUAUAGGAGUUAAAGUAUUGCAAACAAGUAUUAUUAAUGAUGAUUUAGCAUGUUUUGGUUCAAAUAGUUUCGUAUACUCUGCUUGGGAAAGUUAUAAUAAUCACAAUCAUUUAGUACUACGUCCUGAUAAUAUCUGGAUGGCAAUAUUAACUCAACUAUCAUUCUACGUAAAUAAAAACUCUGAAGAAUUACGUGAAAAAUUUGUAGAUUUUACUGGUAAAAAAGAAUUAAUAGUUGAGACAGUAUAUCCAAUAUUAGAAGCACCUUUUGAUAAAUUAACCAUUGAAAUGUCAAAUCAAAUUCAAUCAAAUAUUAAAGAUCCAUCAAUUAAAGAUUUAAUUAUACCAGAUUUUACAACUACGACAGAAUCUGAUAAAGUUGUAUUUUCAAUUGCAUUAAUGUCAACAAUGAAGAAAUAUUUUAAUUUUGUUUUUAAAACAUAUUGUGGCCUUUCAGAAGUAACAUUAUUAGGUGAAAUUAAUGAUUGGAUAAAUUUAAAAGAAAGAGUUGAAAAAUUAAUUCAAUUCGAUAAUAAAAAUGGUGAAAUUAAAAAAUGGUUAGUUUAUUUAUUACCAGUGAUUGAUAAAUUCAUUGAUUCUGUAAAUGGGAAUCCUGAUACAACUUGGUGGAAUCAGAUAGUAGAUUAUAGAGAACAAUCUGGUGGCAAUGUUUUAACAGGCUGGUUAGCUACUUUUUGUGUAUUCGAUAAUGAUGGUAAAUAUAAUGAUGAUGAAUAUACAGAAUCAUAUUCUUUUGAGGAAGAAGAGGAUUUUCCAUGGCCAAGAGUUAAUGCUGAUUCAAUUCCAAAUGGAUUUGUAUCAUGUCCAGUUUUACUCAAAGAUUUAGAUCAAGAAUAUAAUAGUAUAAUUUAUUCAGGUCAUUUCGGUUCAAAACUUUUAGAUAAUAAUUCAAAAUUAAUACCAUCAUUAGAUUGGUUUAUUAUUGCUAAACUUUUAUGA